AUGGCUACUCAAACUUCCGCUCUCUCUCAGACUCUGGAGAGCAUCACGCUCACCAAGAUACAGGAGCUCGAAAAGCAGCGAGACAAGUACGAGACGAAAAAAGCAGCCAUUCUUGAGGAAGCGGCGGGAUACACCGGCCUGAGAACCCGCAUUGCCUCGCUUCUUCACGGCGUGAGGGAAAUCUACCCUGAGUGUACCUCGGACCGGGACGUCAAGAACAUCCACUAUUGGUUGAACCAGUCGAUGCAUGAUGUCAACGUCCCUGACGAGCUCCUGGAAAAGUACGAGGAGGUUCUCAGGUCCAAGCUCGAAGUUCCCACCCGCAAGUUUGGUCUGGGCCACCUGUACGCAAGCCUCGUCAAAGAAUGGAUGGCCGUGUCCGCCAGGGAGCCUUCGCCAGGCGCAGAAGAAGAGACCUUCGAGGUCAUCGAUCGCCAGAAGCAGCGACUCCAGGAGCUCUGUGACAAGUUUGAAAAGGUGGUUUUCGAGCCUCUUGAAACGGACGAAGCGGAGAUUGAGCGUUAUCUGAUCGACUUGUUUUCACGAGUGGAUGAAGCCAAAGGUCAGAAAUCUCUCGAAUUCUUGAGAGAUUCAAUUGGGAAAUCUUGCUCCUAUGUCUUUGAGGCUCAAGCACCAUUCGAUACAGAUGUCUUGAGAUGGUGUAUCAAGGGCCUCCUAGCUGAACACUUGAUCAGUGAGGAAAAGCAGAAUUUGCUUCGAGGGUUUCUGGAGAACGAUAUUGUGCUAUCUGAGAUGGUUGAUGUCUUGAACACAAGAUUUUCAGAUAUCGAAACUUGGGAAUGGCAGGUCGGUGAAAAUGGCAGUGAGUACCGCAUCCCAGCCGCAAGGCUUGGGAAUCCACUUGAGAUCGAUCAAAUGCUGAUAUAUGCGCCACUAGUUCCCGUUCUUCCCAGGCAGCAGCUCAAUGGCAAGUACCGAAUUUGGAUUGAUGAAGACGUUUUGCAAGCCUUACUCGUUCACUAUAUUGGCACAAAGUUCUGCGUUAGCCUGAAACAAACACUUACCCAGUUCAUCUCCACCGGGUCUACUUGGAAAUGGCAUAUUGGACCAUAUCCUUACACUUGGGACAAAACCCGCCGUCUCUACUAUCUCAUGAACGAUGUUUCGCCAAAUACAUCAAUCAACACCAUGAGAUAUUCUCAAUACAUCCAAGACUUCUUUACAUGCGCCUUGCCAAGCUCUGAGCAUUCUCAAAGUUUUGGGGGCUAUCUUGACGAAGCCCCGGAUGAGAUGGAGGAUGCAAAGAAGGGCGGGAAGGGCAACGUCAAGCAACAGUUGCUCCGAACUCUCGCCAGCGAGGCACUCCUACAUCGCCAUUUGAAGGGCGAAGUAGCCAUGAUCCAGACUGAUCUGGAGUGGUAUGCUACCGGCCUCUCUCACUCUACCAUCUUCUCCGUCAUGCGUUUCUUCGGCUACUCAGACAAAGUGAUCAACUUCUUCACCAAGGUCCUCCGGCCACCUCUAAAUGUUCAGUCCCCUGAGCAUCCUUUUGGAAAGGGCCCUCGUAUCCGACAACGAGGAGUUCCCAUGUCUCAUGCUAUUGAGAAGCUGCUUGGUGAGAUGAUUUUAUUCGUCAUGGAUUUUGCCGUGAACCAGAAAGAUGGGUUACUGGUUUAUCGUCUGCAUGAUGAUAUCUGGCUGUGUGGAGAACCGACCCAUUGCGCCAGAGGAUGGCAGGUUAUGUUGGAUCUAGCAAAGGUCUUUGGCCUAAGCUUCAACCAACAGAAGACUGGAUCGGUUUAUUUCACUGGGAGUAUGAAGGACCCUGCCGUUGAGCAGGUCUUGCCGACAGGAGAGGUUCGCGUCGGGCAUCUGGUUCUUGAUCCCGCUACAGAACUAUGGAAGAUUGAUUAUGUUCAGGUAUCUGAGCAUGUUGUGCAGCUCAAGAAGCAACUAAAUGCCUGCAAGAGUGUGAUGCAAUGGGUUCAAACAUGGAACAGCUGCAUGGGUCGAUUCUUCAGCCAUACGUUUGGUGAGCCUGCAUUCUGCUUUGGCAACGGACAUGUUGAGAGCAUUCUGGCCACAUACAAGGAGAUGCAGAAGGCUCUGUUUAAUGAGGGAAAUUCUACAGAUAUUGGCGUUGUUGAAUAUCUCAAGGGUAUUAUUCGAGAUCGCUUUGGUGUUACUGAUGUCCCCGACGCCUUCAUUUAUCUGCCGGAGCAGUUUGGAGGACUGGGCCUCGCCAACCCGUUUGUUAGACUGCUUGAGAUUCGCGAGAGUCUUCAAGAGUCACCACCAGAAAAGAUUGUUCAGAAGAUCUUGGACGAAGAGAAGAAAGAAUAUCUUGAGUUCAAGAAGACUUUUGAGGAAUAUCGCAACUUUGAAAAACGCGUCAGUCGCUGCAUGCGGAAGUCUACCAACCAGGAACUCAAAGAGACGUCAUUCAAUAGGCUCACAGCUAUUGAGCGUGAACACUUCAUGAGCUUUGAAGAAUAUUCUCGAUUCAGAGAAGUCUUGAGCCAGCCACUAGCUACGGCUUAUGAGAAACUAACAGGAGUCCCUGACGUGAUAGGACCAAUUUUUGACGAUGAUGUACACAAGAUACUUAGCUACGGCGCCGAUAAAAAGCUUCUUGGUGGCGAUGCAAAGAAACGAGAGAUCGGCUGGGCAUUGCAGCUGUACGCAGAUACGCUUCGGCGCGACUAUGGUGGUAUGAGGCUCGUCGACAAGAAACAUCUCCCUCUGGGCGUCGCAACAGUCAUGCGAGGGAAAGCAGUGAAGUGGACUAUGAUUCUAUGA